AUGGAAAUUAAACAAACUACACACCCCUCUGCUCCCAGACAAAGUAACCAAACUACACACCCCUCUGCACCCAGACAAAGUAACCAAACUACACACCCCUCUGCACCCAGACAAAGUAACCAAACUACACACCCCUCUGCACCCAGACAAAGUAAACAAACUACCCACCCCUCUGCUCCCAGACAAAGUAAACAAACUACACACCCCUCUGCACCCAGACAAAGUAACCAAACUACCCACCCCUCUACACCCAGACAAAGUAACCAAACUACACACCCCUCUGCUCCCAGACAAAGUAAACAAACUACCCACCCCUCUGCUCCCAGACAAAGUAACCAAACUACACACCCCUCUGCACCCAGACAAAGUAACCAAACUACCCACCCCUCUACACCCAGACAAAGUAACCAAACUACACACCCCUCUGCACCCAGACAAAGUAAACAAACUACCCACCCCUCUGCUCCCAGACAAAGUAAACAAACUACACACCCCUCUGCACCCAGACAAAGUAACCAAACUACCCACCCCUCUACACCCAGACAAAGUAACCAAACUACACACCCCUCUGCUCCCAGACAAAGUAAACAAACUACCCACCCCUCUGCUCCCAGACAAAGUAACCAAACUACACACCCCUCUGCACCCAGACAAAGUAACCAAACUACCCACCCCUCUACACCCAGACAAAGUAACCAAACUACACACCCCUCUGCACCCAGACAAAGUAACCAAACUACCCACCCCUCUACACCCAGACAAAGUAACCAAACUACACACCCCUCUGCACCCAGACAAAGUAAACAAACUACCCACCCCUCUGCUUCCAGACAAAGUAACCACACUACCCACCCCUCUGCACCCAGACAAAGUAACCAAACUACCCACCCCUCUGCACCCAGACAAAGUAAACAAACUACACACCCCUCUGCACCCAGACAAAGUAACCAAACUACACACCCCUCUGCACCCAGACAAAGUAACCAAACUACCCACCCCUCUGCACCCAGACAAAGUAAACAAACUACCCACACCUCUGCACCCAGACAAAGUAAACAAACUACCCACCCCUCUGCACCCAGACAAAGUAACCAAACUACACACCCCUCUGCACCCAGACAAAGUAACCAAACUACACACCCCUCUGCACCCAGACAAAGUAAACAAACUACCCACCCCUCUGCUCCCAGACAAAGUAAACAAACUACCCACCCCUCUGCUCCCAGACAAAGUAAACAAACUACCCACCCCUCUGCACCCAGACAAAGUAACCAAACUACACACCCCUCUGCACCCAGACAAAGUAACCAAACUACACACCCCUCUGCACCCAGACAAAGUAAACAAACUACCCACCCCUCUGCUCCCAGACAAAGUAAACAAACUACACACCCCUCUGCACCCAGACAAAGUAACCAAACUACCCACCCCUCUACACCCAGACAAAGUAACCAAACUACACACCCCUCUGCUCCCAGACAAAGUAAACAAACUACCCACCCCUCUGCUCCCAGACAAAGUAACCAAACUACACACCCCUCUGCACCCAGACAAAGUAACCAAACUACACACCCCUCUGCACCCAGACAAAGUAACCAAACUAUCCACCCCUCUACACCCAGACAAAGUAACCAAACUACACACCCCUCUGCACCCAGACAAAGUAAACAAACUACACACCCCUCUGCUCCCAGACAAAGUAAGCAAACUACCCACCCCUCUGCUCCCAGACAAAACAAAGUAACCACACUACCCACACCUCUGCACACAGACAAAGUAAACAAACUACACACCCCUCUGCUCCCAGACAAAGUAAGCAAACUACCCACCCCUCUGCUCCCAGACAAAGUAAACAAACUACACACCCCUCUGCUCCAGACAAACCUCCAGCUCCAAGAUAAAGUUGUCCCAACCCAACUAUGCGCCCAGGCAAGAAAAACCAAGGCCCUCCCACCCCUCUGCUACCAGGCUAAGAUGAGGUCCCCCACCCCUCUCUACCAGACUAAGCUGAGGUCCCCCCACCCCCUGCUACCAGACUAA